GUAACGAAGUCAGCAACUGGGCAGUCUUCGGGCGUGAGCUGGUGGCAGGGCCGACUUCUAGACAAAGCUGGACAAGGUACACAGGUGUCACUUUCAGCAUCGACGUGGGUGGCUACGACUUGAAGGAGACGAACCGGGCCUUGAUCUUAAGCACCUCGCAGCAGCUGCAGGACUGCGGAAACUUGGGGCCCACGGGCAACGCCAACGGCCCCGCCUCCCAAGCCACGCUGCACACGCGGGACACCUCGAACUCGAAGCUGACCACCAUGGUAUGGUCGGACAUGGGCACGGAGAUCGCCUUUGAUAGGAGCCAUGGCCUGAAGGAUGGCGACCGCGUGAGGCUAUCAGGAGUGAACCCGGAUCCCGCGGAGAACACGGACGCCGCCCGGAAGCUGGCUGUAAAGCGGGCGGAGAUGUUCAACACGGUGCAUGAGGUCUUCGUCUCCUGCGACGACGAUGCCACAUCCUGUUGGAAGAUCCUGGUCCCGGUGCGCUUCGCCGCUGCGGAGUUCCCGCCCAUCCCCAACGUACCCAGCGUGGAUUGGUCGCGGACAUCGCUGGAGACCUUUCGAGGCAUCAAGGUGGAUGAUGGCGCCGAAUCGCCUGAAGGCCGUGGAUACAUCGUUUGUUGGUGCAGUGAGUGCAGUACGGCAGCGACCGACUUCCAGAGCUACGUGGGGCAGGCUGGGCAGAUCACGGUGAAGCGCCCGAACGCCAUGCCAGAGGCAUACCUCGGCCUCACCACGGUCAUGCCGGACCUGUCCCCUGGCUACACCAACCCCGGUGGCCCGGUGGCCAUUGCCUUCGUGACGGGCGACGUGGCGCACUAUGCCACUGCCACAGGGCAGCAGCAUCUGGUCUUCGAGAUCCUGCCUGGAUUGGACGAGUCCGUUCCCGGCAGCCCGGUGUACAGGGAUGUGCUGCUUCCGCGCACAAACCUCCUCGAGCCGCUCUCGGUCUCCGCGGACCUGGACCAGCCUCAGGAGGCGCGGCAGGACUUCUGCGGGGAGGUCUUCGUGGAGCUCUGGUCCGAGGAUCCCGAAGGCUUCCCGAUGCCGGAUGGCUGUUACUACAGCGAGGACAGCACCAACCCUGACAUGCUGGUCAAACAGCUGCACAUCCUGUUUGGCGAGCGGAACCAUUUGAAGAAGAACACCAGGUACAUGGCCAUCACCAACAUGGACGUGCUUGCGGAGCUCCAGGCGGACUUCCCGGCCACUGGCGCCGUGUGGAUUUGGUCCAUGGACGACGCCUUCAACAAUCCCUUCGGCGUGGUUGAGAAGGGCUCCGCGUAUCCUUCUCCUACAAAUCGAGUACCUCCGCGAGACACUCUUGGGAAUCCCAUGUUCAACACCAACGGCGACCCCCGCUUCGAUAGCGAGGGCGCUUUGCCGGAGGGCUUCAAGAUCUUGGGGACCAAUGGUGCCCUGAUCGAGGAGAUGCAGACCUUCUGCAUCCCCCACGAUGAGAAGAAUCCCAGCGUGUCUCCUUCUACCACGCUGGCUUGUCAGCCAUGCCAGUCGGAAGAGGACUGUGGCAAUGGAGGAAAUGGAGUUUAUCCAGAUCCCUCCUUGAGCUACUGCCGGUCCCCGAUCGACCUGAAGUGCCCGCAAGCCAACGGCGACUUGCUGAACGUGCCUGCCUUCCAGUUCAGAAUCAAGGCCAGGCUCGGCUACCCCAUCCGACCGCAAUCCAUCCUGCGACUCUGGCUGCACCCCCUGACGCAGUGGGACAUUGGCGCCUCUUGUCAGGUUGGCCUGGUGUCGUGUGUGCCUCCAGCGGUGGGCGGCAUUUGCUCCAGCCCCAUCUGCCAGCCCGAGUCUGUGGUCGGGGGCAUCGUGGUGGGAGUGGCGCCCUGGCCGAUCAACACCUUGAGGAUCAUCAUGCCGAACAUCAUGGCGGACAUCAAUGAUCAAAUCAGCAUGGUCAUGAAGAUUGGGAACCUUCCGCUGCCGGCGGGGGGCUUCUUCCCCUCCAUUGUGACGGCCGAGGUGAUGAAGGAUGGCGGCUUCGCACCAGACUACUGGGACACGCUCAAGGCGACCUCCGUGGCCAACUUGCAGGGCGCGAGUGCUCGGCUCUACAAGAUGCCGCUGAUCCUGUCGGCCUCGUUGGUCUCCAAGGUGGGCGACGGCAACCAGGCGCCCUUCAGGGGCGACACCACCAAUCGGAUCUAUGCGCGCAUCGCCUUCGGCACCACCUUCCACGGCUUCGGGAACCUGGCCGCGAUCAACUUCAAGCUGCCCAUAGGCUAUUCAUGCGCCACCACACAGCAAGGAGGAUCGGUUCCGGACCUGGACAUCCUCGCCAACAAGUUCCCCUCGACGAAGGGGCGGCUGGGCGGACGCCUCACGGAAGUCCGGUACAGGAACAUCCCGGCAACGCCUGAUGUGAUGUGCCAGAUCACCCUGCUGCAGAACAUGAUUGUCUAUGCCAGAACAAUUUACUUCGUGGAGUUGGUGGUCAACAAUCCGACCACAGCCCUGAAGCGCGAUGAUCCCAACAACGCGUGGUCCUUGGGGGUGGUCAACAACGGCUUCAACCCCGCCCAAACCAUCGCCUCCACGCCCCUCUCCACCAAAGAGCUCACCUUCUGCCCAUCGCCUCGCGACACGCUCUUCUGCCUGCAAGAGCUGGGCACGGACUAUUCCAAUGCCCUCUCGGUAUUGGGGAAGCUCAGUGACUUCUUCAUCGCGCCAGCGCAGUAUGGAGUGGGACAGCUCAACACCCUCUCGGUGUUCUUCAUGACGGAGCAAGAGGUGGGCUCUCUGACGAACGUGGAGACAGAGAUUUGGGUGGAUGCGCCGAGCGGCUUCAACUUUGGCCAGUACUGCUCCGCUCUGCCUUUGGAUGACAUCUAUUACAUCCCGGAGGGCCGCGGCACGUCCCCGCUGCCCGCGGGGGAGCUCAUCCCGUGCGUGGGGGCACCUACCUCGGUGAACGAGCUCACCUACAACCGCGCCAAGCUGUCCACCACUGGCCGCUUGUUGAGGGGCACCUUCUACGGAUUCCGCGUGCAAGUGGUCAAUGCAGCCGUCUAUGUCCGCACGCAACUGGAUGAGUGGCGGCUGUGGACGUACGUCAAGACCACCGGCAACGGCGUGGACGGUACCUACGAGACGGCCCGCGUGAACGAACGGGUGCCUGCUGGUGCAGAUACGAGCUGGGGGAUGUACCUCCAGGGCAUGCCGACAAAUAACUUCAUGGUGUCCUUCUCGACGUCGCGGCCCACGGUCAGCGGGGUUCCCCCAGCAGACAUCACCGUGCUGCCGAUCAUCGCCUCCUUCCCCACCACCAAGGCGAUACGAGUGACCGCCCCUGCGGGCUACGAGUGGGACUUCGAACAGGUGGAUUUCAGGUACCAGGCCCCCGGCGUGGGGGUGAACCCGUUGAACGUGGUGGAGGGCGCCGAGGCAGACAUCCCCAUUGCCGGCAAGCCAGCUCGACCGAACUCAGAGCCGAAAAACGUGUUGACCAUGGACUACAUGCAGCUUGCCUGGACGCCCGGGGUGAUCUAUGGCUUCGCCUGCAAGAUCCGCAUUCCGAUGGUGCCUCCCACCGGCUCGGCCAAUCAGUUCACCAUCGAGUUCGGGUACAACGAGGACCUCUUGGCGAACCGCCUGGAGGCGGGCACCACCGAGGCGCCGGUGGUCCAGCGCCUCAUCAACGGCGCCAUCACUUACACCACCAGCAUCAUGAACAUGGCGGUGGACAUCACCUUCAGCGUCCGCACCAUUACGAACAUCCCGGAAGGAGGUGGGCUGGUGGUCAUUGGGCCUCCAAACUUCCUGUUCCAGACCCGGUGCCAGCCGAAGCCCGCCACAAACUUCCCGGAGCUCCCAUAUGACUCCACCUGCCUCUACGCGGCGAUCACUUCCACCGGGGAGCCCAAGAUCGAGCUGAUUGCGGGCCCCACGGGGAUCCCUGCGCUGUACUACCAGUUUUCCUUGGCCGCGCAGAACCCGCCACAGGCAGUGGCCCUGGUGGACGCGGGCAUGUGGACGCUGCUGUCUUACAGCCUGAUCAGCGAGCAGAUCGUGCUGGACCAGAACACCACGGUGCCCGGGUACGCAGUGGCCCGUGAAAUGGUGUCCGCAGGCCUGGUGAUGUGGCCCAGGGUGGACUGUGACUUCAUCACCCUAGAGGAGCGCGCCAUCGAUGCCACGCUGCCGGAGACCUUCUGCGACUUCGAGCACUGGCAGUUCUACCCCCCGAGGGGUUAUCGAGAUGACCGGCCAAAUCGUCCCACACAGCUCAUCUUCAAGAUGCAGUUGUCCACUGCAGCGGACCAAGCUGGAGUGCUCACCGUCAGGGCGCCGGUGGGCUACCAAUUCGACGCCGAGUGCCGGGUGAUCACGGCGCCGUCCUCUCGGAUCUUCAACGACUCUGCAGUCAAUGGAGACCUUCCCAGAGUGCCGGACAAUGUGCCUUUGGAUCCCAACCUCGCGCACACCAUCGGCCCUCCGGAGAAGCGGACCUACGCGCAGCGUUACGAUCCCUGGCCGGAUGCCGUGAACGCCCUGAGCUGCUUGGGGAGGGACAACGAGGCGCGGAUCUCGCUGGAAGCCGGGCUGGAGUUGUUCAAGACCUACUUGUUCCGGCUGGCGGUGCUCCGGAACCCCGCGGUGACCCCGGAGUACAACUACUUCCUGCUGGAGUACAACGGGGAGGCGUCCAAGCCCUUCCUGGGAGUGAACAUUUGGGCCUUUGGCAACACCUCCAUCAGCCCCACGACCACGGCCGCGUCGCGGGCAGACUACCAGACCAUGAACGAGGUGACCAUUCAGCUCCGCCCGGUGAACGCGGUGCCGAACGGCGGCCACGUAAGGAUCACCGCCCCCAGCGGCUUCACCGUGCCCACCUCGUGCUCCAUGUCCCUGACCAUCCACGAGUCGGAGAUGCCCAACAUCUCGGCGUAUCCGGCGGGUACACCAAGGGCCCAAGUCCUGCAGUGGGCGGAGUUCCUGCCCAGCGACCUCACCUGCCAGGGAGACCAGACCCCGUCCAGCCGCGGCAGGUUGCUUCUGACCCAGAAUCUCAAGUACAUGCGAGCCCAGACCCUCUACGUGCUCACCUUGAAGGUCAUCAACCCGCAGACCACGUCAGCGGUCCCGGAAGCGUGGCACAUCCAGUCCUACCAAGACCUGACGGUGAACAACAUCAUCGAUGAGAUCUACAUCCCGGGGUUCAUCGUCAACACGGCUGUUCAGUCCUUUGCCUACCUGAAGCCCGAGUCCACGAACGCCCUGGUGAAGCAGAGGCUGGACUUCAACAUGUCCUUCCCAGACACCGUGGCCAUCGGCGAUACCAUUCAGAUCGUGGCGCCGGUGUCGUACCUCUUCAGCGACCCCGGGGAUCGCCGGUGCCCGCAGUAUGUGUUCUUGGACGGUGCCAUGACCAAGACCGUGCCCAGCUGCAGUGGCGACCCCGGAGCACGGCUCGAGCUGAAAAUCUGA